AGAGGCGUCGCUGCGCAUGCGGGCCGGUCCGGUUCGGAGAGUGCGGCGGGAUGGCGCUGCCGGGUGGAAAUAAGGAUAAUAUCAGAGCUGGAUGCAAAAAGUGUGGCUACCCUGGUCAUCUGACAUUUGAAUGUCGAAACUUCCUCCGAGUAGAUCCUCAGAGAGAUAUUGUUUUAGAUGUUAGCAGCACUAGCAGUGAAGACAGCGAGGAAGAGGAACUACAGAGAUUACAAGCCAUGCGUGAAAAAAAGAAUUUAAAUGAAGAGGAAGAAAAAAAGAAACAAAAAAGAAAAAGCAAAGAGAAAACAAAAUUAAAAAGACCGAGGAAAAGAUCUUCCUCAUCAAGUUCAGUAGAAGAGGAUGAGCCAAAGUCAAAAAAACAAAAAUCACACAAAAAAGAAAAGGGGAAAAAGCAUAAAUCUAAGAAAGGAAAACAUCAUAAAAAGGAGAAGAAGAAGAGACGAAAGGAAAAAAGUUCAUCUUCUAACAGUUCAGACAGUUCAAGUAGUGACUGAUGUGCUGGUCUGUUUUUGCUUUUGCUUCUGCAGAGAAGAUGAUUUUCCUUUCAGAGCAAGUUUAUUUAUGCUUUGCAAUGCUGUUUUAAAAUGGGAUAUAUAUUUUUUUUUUUUUUUUGACAAAUCUGUUUGCAUACAUCAGUGCUUCAAAUUAUUAGAUGGACCAUUUAUGAAAAGAAUCUGCUUUUCUAUUUCAGAUUUAUUAGUACUAAUGCAAGUGGUUCUAGACUCUUAUUUUUAGUUCAGUUGUGAUUGUGUUUGUAACCUUUACAGUAAGAUGUGGUAAAUUUCAGUUUGCAAGCCUUUGUGUAGAACGAUAAGGACUUAAAUAUGCUUAAUGUCAGAAUGGUUACUUCAGAUUUGGAAAUUCAAGUGAGAUUUUCUAUUACCCUUUAAAUAAAUGUAUGUUUUACAUAACGUUUUCUGCUUACAUACAUUAAUCAGUAAGUGCAAAUAUGAAUCAGUGUUCAGGUCCUGAGAGGGAAAGAAUGAGCAACGGGAAGCUAAAAAAGAUCGAUCCUUCAAAAUUAUAUUCUAAAAUCGAUCUGGUCAUAGACUGUGAAACAUAACUACAUAUUCCUUUGGCAGGAUCACUAUAAGCAAGCU